CUUCCUUUUUGAUUGGUCGAGUUUGUUUGUGUUGAAAUUUAAACAUGAUAUUAACGAUUAAAUAAUUAUGAACAAUUUUCUUGAUUAUUACUUGUAACUUUAUUGAUUUUUCAAGUGUUUUCAAUCCAAAUAAUGACUUUAUUGCACAGGAUUUCAUCUCUUGGAUUGGAAUGGAUCAAAAGUUUUUUGGUGUCUCUUUUUAUAGCGAACCACCGAUUGGUAAUUUGAUAUUGGAUCAAGUUCCCAGACUGAUUGAUGAACGGCUCAAAAUUCUCAGAAUAUUAGUGUCUAAUCGUGAUGACUACUCAACAAUCAAAGGCAACCCAAACUAUUAUGCAACUUUGAAACAAAAUCUCAUCGACACAAGUAAUGGUGAAGAUAAUUUCUUCAAAAUCUUGUCAACUAACCCGACGCUUUGGUCUAAAAACAAAAAAGAUGCUCUUUAUCGUGAUGAAGUGUCUCAUUUCCUUCUUCGCCUCUACUACUCUCUUGAUGAAUCAAUGACACGAUGGUUUGUUGAAGUUGAAUGUGAACUGCUGCGAUUCCGAUUAAUGGAUGAAGGUGUUAGACACAAAAUUGUUGACUUUGUUUAUGCAAACAAUCUCCAUGAAUAUCAAGUCAUUAAACUGGACGGUGAUGCUUGCCAUUAUCGCAAAGUGAUUAACCGUUGUCACAAAAAGAGUAGAGAUGACUUUCUUUGCUAUAAAAGUUUAAAGUUCCUAAGAAACCAGAUCGAUGAUGAAUUUGAAGAAAAUGAACAUGGUGUCAAGUUCAAAAGUUAUGCCACCAAACCCGGAAUCAUGUUUAAAGUGAAGUUUGAAGAUGCCUUGGAAUUAAUUGCUUCUAGACGAGUUGCUCCUUACAAAGGAAAUGUCCUAGUCACUGGAUAUCAAAUGGUUCCUAUUGUUUGUCAACGGUUCAAGAAAGAAAUGUAUGCAUCUAUGAGGACGCUAAGAAAAUCUCUAGCAGAUUUGGAUGAAAAACGUCGGUUGAUACCAAUUAUAGAGAAUGCUCAUAAUAGACUAAUUGGGUCAGUUUCCUCAAUAAGAAAAUUUUUACCAACCAAAGAUAGCAAUAUGUCAACUUUACAAAUUGUCAACUCUUUGGUAGACCAAUCGUUUCCACCUUGUAUGAACAAUAUUCAUCACCGUUUACUACAAAAUCAUCAUCUUCGACAUUACGCUCGGUUGCAAUAUUGCCUAUUUUUGAAAAGUUUAGGUCUUCGUUUGGAGGAAACUACCGAAUUAUUGAGACAACAAUUCACACAUCGAAUAACUGUUGAGAAGUUUAAUUCUAAAUAUGGAUACUUUCUCCGUUAUAUUUAUGGAAGAGAAGGUAAAAGACGGAGUAUUAGCUGUUAUAGUUGUGCAAAAAUUAUCAACUCAAUCACCACUGGACCCAAAGAUUGUCAUGGCUGUCCUUUUAAAGAGUUAAACCGCGAAAAUUUGACAAUUUUUCUAUCCAAAUCAAAUCUACCAGAAAUCUUGAUUAAUUCGAUAGUACAAAAUUCAAUUGAUAAACAAUUUAGAGAAGCCUGUACAAAGUAUUUCAAUUUUAAAAACCCCAAUUCGGAUCUGGAUGAAAUUAUUUAUCACCCAACACAAUUUUUUCAACAUAGCCGUAAAGCUAUUUUAAAAACUAUGACUUCAUAAAUUGCAUUUGCCUGAUCAAUGAUUAAUUUUGCACAAUUUUAGAUCACUGCUUUUUUAUCAAAUUUACAAUUAUUUCUGUGGUUGAUCCUCUUUUUUCCACAUGUUAAUGUUUUUCCGUUCAAUCAGUAAAUCUUCGAUGUUAUUUGAUUAAAAUAAAUUGAAACAAAAGCUUAUUUCUAGUAAUUUUA